AUGUCUACGUUCUUACCGGUCAACACCAUCUCGUCACCCCCAGACCGGAUGAUGGAGGAUGCGACCACGCCAACCACCCCUCGACCGUCGGAUGCGCAAAACCCCGUUCGGCCGACCGACGCCGCGAAGGACGAGAACACCCCUCGCAAUGUAAAUAGCACCGAUCCCACCUCUCGACUAUCAGAACCUCACAGCGUCCCGUCAACAUCUGAGGACCCGUCGCACGCAGACUCGGACGGCGACCGGGAAGGUUCGGACGCUGAAUCGGACCACAAGGGAAAUGCUCCCCCAUCCAAGAAGAAGAAGGGCCAACGCUUCUACUGCACGGAUUACCCGCCCUGCAGCCUCAGCUUCACCCGGAGUGAACACUUGGCCCGACACAUUCGAAAGCACACCGGAGAGCGCCCGUUCCAGUGUCACUGCUCGAGGCGGUUUUCUCGACUCGACAACCUGCGGCAACAUGCUCAGACUGUACACGUCAACGAGGAGAUCCCGGGCGAUUCGUUGGCCGCCACCGGCACCCGCUUUCAACGCCAGAUUCGAACCGAUCGUGUGCGCCCGCCGGGUCGGGCGCGGGCUGGUACAGGAGGUAGUCAGGGAACGCAUAGUCGGGGCCACAGCAGGAACCUCUCCGCCUCCAGCAUCACGUCCACCGCGUCGACUUACAGCCAGCCCCAGGAAUUCCGCCGUCGACCUCCACCCCUGAUCAUGGCCAAUGACGGACGAGCACGACUGGCGAUGGAUACGAUGGCCGAUCCGCCCAGUACCCCUCCCGGUCAGGUCCGCGGAAUUCCCGGUCCCGCUGCGACCGGCUCCCCCUACGCAUCAUCCCACAUCUUCUCCGCCGGAGGUAGCGGUAGUCCCCACGUAGCGUCGCCCAUGUCCACGGCAUCGCACGCCUCAGGAUUCUGGGAAGGCAAAACGGCCGCCCGCCGUUUAUCAGUUCCGACGGGAGGCAACCCGUUCGCAUCGCAGCCGGUCAACGCUUACCCCCCGCAUGGCUAUCCCGCGGCCGCCGGCACGGCGGCAUAUCCUCCCCCUUCAGGCGGCGUCUAUGCUAGUCCGGUCAGCUCCAACUAUCCAAUGUCUCGUGAUGAAGCGGCGCACGGUGUGGCCGAUGCCGAUCUGCGCCGACGAACUUGGCAUCCGUCCACAUAUUCGGCCCUCCAUCGGCCGGCCACGAGUGGACUGAGCAGCUACCAGACGCCAGACUCCUACCAUCCUUCGUUCGGAUCCCAAGCCGGGGGUGAUCAGCCACCGCGGUUGCCGGGCAUCGAAAGCUUCGAUAAGGUCGUCUCGCAGCGCCCGCUUACUCCUCCCGUCCGGCGACCCAGUCCCAUGCAAGUCGAUCAGACGGGAAAGCCGUCCCCGAACUAUACCUUCGGUGGAGGGUUCAACUACUCGCAACCGUCGGUUCGGCCGCCGCCGCCCGUCUCUGGGCCGGGCCAUCGCCGCGGACACGUUUCGUGGGAUAUGUCUUUGCACACGAACCUCACAGGCUUGCAUAUUCGAGACAAGCCCCCACAGCCGCAGAAGGACGCGUCGCACUGGAGCCAGCAAACCAUUGCGGAACUGCACAACGUUGGCUCUCGGCCUUCUUCGUCGUACCAGCCGAACAUGCAGGAGUAUCGUCCCCACGGUGGUCACCACCCCAGUUAUAGCAAUGCCACCACGUCCUCGCAGGCCACGCGAACGUCGCCCGAGGAUUCGAGCAGCAGCGAAGGGGUCCAUACGCCUUCGACCGCGUCCCUUGAAUACCAUCCGGCCAUCGUGCACAACAGCGGAUACAUCGAGGCCCACCAUCCGCCGUUCUCAUCCGACACGUCUCAAGCAGCACCCCAGUCCGAUGGUUAUCAAGGCAAACCCGACCCCCGAUCCGAUCUGUUCCAUCACUCCUCUGGCAGAGAGUCCGGGAUGGGACGACUUGAAGCUCUAGUGGCCGUUGCCACGAGCGAAAACAAAGGAACCGCGAAGCUUUUUGCAUGA